AGCCGAUAGUUCUGAGCAAGUAAGUUCCAGAAUGCUUCAGUUUUUAUUGGGAUUUAUAAGAAUAAUGUCAUAUAUGUAAAAAUAUUCAGGUUUUCCAUUGUUAAAACACUGGCGACUUUACGCCGUUUUAUAAACAUCUAAUAUCUAAAGGAACUGUAAAUAAUAAGGUUCGUUAUUAAUUCGCAAAAAAACUGCGACAUAUUUUUGAUAUUUCUAAAGAGCACUAAAUUUUAAUUAAAGCUGCCAAAAAAUAUGCAACUGCUAAAUGUCAAAUUACGUAAAAGUCAAAUAUAUAUAGUGAAAUUUGUCGCUAAUCUGGUGGCACUUAUCGUGCUCAAAACACACCUAACUUUAUGAAUUAAUAGAUUUUAUUUUUGCUGCACUCUUAGUUAGCUGCUCUUAAGUAAUCACUAUAAUUAUCACAUUAAAGCAAUCUAAUCAAUCAAUCAGAUUUGCAUAUUAAAAACAACAUUCAAAGAAUCCUAUUUAAAGAAUUCAUAUACAUACCUUUUAAUCUAAUCGGAGCAUUUGAUUCGCUGCCUUCUAUAAACAUUGGAAACUCUUGAGUUUAUUCAGCAGUCGCAAAAUGUGCUGCAGCUGCUGCAGUGUCCGCCAACAAAAGAUCUGGGUCUUUGGCCUAGGCAGUUUUCUACUCAUACUAGGCACUGUGCUGCUUUCAGCCUGGCCCAGUCUGUCGCGGCAAUGGAUCCGUAACAUACUGCCCCUGGCGCCAAAUUCGUUUAUAUACAAACGCUGGGUGACCACACCGACACCGGUCUAUAGCACCUUCUAUCUCUUCAAUUGGACCAAUCCGGAGGAUUUAAAUAAUGAUAAAGUGAAACCGAGUUUUGAGCAGCUGGGACCUUAUACGUUCAGUGAUUACAAGGAAAAUGUGCAUCUUAUGUGGCAACAGCCGGAGGUAACCUAUUACGGACGAAGAGUUUGGCACUUUGUGCCAGAGAAAUCCAAGGGUAGUCUGGACGACGUCAUUGUUACUCCACAUUUUCCAACACUGACGGCCGCCCGCUAUGUGCGCAAAUAUCGUCGCCCGCUGCGCAAGAUUAUGAACUUUGCGCUGAAUCGUGAGGGAGGUGGCACCUACAUGAGCUACACGGCUGGACAGUGGCUAUUCGAUGGUUUCUACCAUGAGCUCAUUGACUUUGUGGAGCGUCUGCAUUCGCCGCUGUUGCCACUGUACAGUGACCAUUUCGGCUGGUUCUAUAUGCGCAACAACUCUGAGACGGCCGAGGGUAAUUUCACCAUACACACGGGCCACGGGGAUCUCAAUCGGAUGGGCGAGCUGCAGCUAUGGAAUGGCACCGCACAUACCGGCUACUAUGAGGGCGAGUGUGGCAAGGUCAAUGGCAGCACGGGCGAGCUGUGGGCGCCGGGUCGUCGGUGGCACGAGACAAUUUCCAUAUUUUUGUCAGAUGCAUCGAGAUACAUAAAUCUGUACAGCAUGGCGAAUGUCACUGUGCAGGGCAUCGAUGCCUGGCGCUACGAGACCAGCGAACUGAGCUUCGACAACGGCCAACUGGCGCCGGAUACGAAAUGUUUUUGUGUUGCCAAAAAGGAAUGUCCGCUGAAUGGUGUGCUAGAUUUCUCACCAGCCGCCUAUCAUGGUCCCAUUUACAUGUCGCAUCUGCACUUCUACAUGACAGAUGAGUCCUAUAGGAGAAAUACGACGGGCUUGCGGCCGAAUCCAUUGGAGCAUGGCAUGUAUGUGGUAAUGGAGCCGACACUAGGCAUACCGCUAAGCCUGAAGGGACAAGUUAUGAUCAGUGUACUUGUGCAGCGCGAUGAGGCCAUCGACUACCUGAAGGAUGUGGCCUAUGAUCACUAUGCGCCGCUGUUUGUGGUUCAACUUCACGCCGACUUGGGUGAUGAUCUGAUCCGCCUGCUUAAGCUGGGCUUAAGCGUGCCCCAGAUUGGUCAAUUCGUGGGUCUGGGCUUGCUUUUAAUUGGCCUCAUCAUGCUGAUUGUAGGCGUGCUCGUGAGUAAAAAACAUAUAUGGCACAAUGAGUGGAAAACUAAAGACAGCACGAAAGUAAAAGUAAUUGAAGGCGAUGGCGUUAACGGCAGCAAAUAUUGAUAAGACUGUGUUUUGUUUUCUUUUUGCGAUAACAACUGUUUUCUGUUAUUAUUCGGUUUACUUUGAGUGCAGAAGUGAUUAUAUUAGGCUAUUAUUAAUUGAAGUGCGCCAUAAAAAUGAAAUUCCUAACACAAAUUAGCGUGCUGCUGCUUUUUGGCCAAUUUCCUUGAGGUGUUGCCCAGCUGAGCUCGUCUAGAAUUACACAAAAUUAUAGCCUCUCAGAUAUGCUAAAAUUUAUUAAUAUGUUAAUUAUUGUUUUUUGCUUUUGUUUCAUAAUAUUUGUCGUGAUGUGUGCGGUGCCUGGCGGUGCACAGGUAAAAACCUUGAGCACGUAAGCUGCAUACUUUACGGCGUACGAACUCUUUCACCUAGACACACACGCACACACACACACACACACACACACACACACACACACACACUCACCCACAGCCAAAUUGCUAACUGGAAAUUUGAAAAAUGCCAACAGAAUAUUAUAAGCGGCUAAUUUAUAUGCGCCUGGCACGCAAACUUACGUUUUGCACACACAUUGUUGUCGAAGAGCUCAGUGGGAUAGGGUGCGGUUGGUGGGGCAGCUGGCAAGUAGCUAAGGAAGCUCAGGAAGUGGGCGGCGUUGCAAGUUAAACAAUGUAUGAAAAUAUGAAAAUUAUAUGGCAGCAAGUAUGUGUUGGCCAUAACUUUAAUAAAUACACAUAAGUUAUGAUUAAGCUCUGCAACAGAAUAUCACGAAAAUCUUAAGAAAAAACUGCUGUUGAAAAGGCUUUAAGGCUAAUAAAUUUUGAGUUUCAAUA